UCUCUCUCUUUUUACUUGAAGUACUCUUUUCUCUGAGCCGCCGUUGACGGUGGUAGUGAUCGCCGUGCAGACUUAAACAUGGCCAGCAGUAAAGGAAUCAGCCUUGAAGAGAUCAGGAACGAGACUGUUGAUCUGGAAAAAAUCCCGAUUGAGGAAGUUUUCGAGCAGCUGAAAUGCUCCAGAGAAGGACUGAGUUCAGAAGAAGGAGCCAACAGGCUGCAGAUUUUUGGCCCCAACAAGCUAGAAGAGAAAAAGGAGAGCAAGAUCCUCAAGUUUUUGGGGUUCAUGUGGAAUCCUCUGUCAUGGGUCAUGGAAGCUGCUGCAAUUAUGGCCAUUGCUUUGGCUAACGGCGAGGGCAAGCCGCCAGAUUGGUAAGAUUUUGUCGGUAUCGUUUGUUUGUUAGUCAUCAACUCUACCAUUAGUUUUAUUGAAGAAAACAAUGCCGGGAAUGCAGCUGCUGCACUUAUGGCCGGUCUUGCUCCCAAAACUAAGGUGCUAAGGGAUGGCAAAUGGAGUGAGGAAGAAGCAGCAAUUCUGGUUCCAGGAGACAUCAUUAGCAUUAAACUGGGAGAUAUCAUCCCGGCUGAUGCCUGUCUUCUCGAAGGUGAUCCGUUAAAGGUCGAUCAAUCUGCCUUGACCGGAGAAUCACUUCCCGUGACGAAGCACCCUGGGGAUGAAGUCUUCUCAGGUUCAACUUGCAAACAGGGUGAAAUCGAAGCCGUUGUUAUUGCUACUGGUGUGCAUACUUUCUUUGGGAAGGCUGCACAUCUUGUGGAUAGCACGAACCAAGUAGGACACUUCCAAAAGGUGCUCACUGCUAUUGGAAACUUCUGUAUUUGCUCGAUUGCUGUCGGUAUGGCGGUUGAGAUCAUAGUCAUGUAUCCAAUUCAACACCGCAAGUACAGGGAUGGAAUUGACAAUCUCUUGGUUCUUUUGAUCGGCGGUAUUCCCAUUGCUAUGCCGACUGUUUUGUCCGUGACCAUGGCCAUUGGAUCCCAUAGACUGUCUCAGCAGGGUGCUAUCACCAAGCGUAUGACCGCAAUCGAAGAAAUGGCUGGUAUGGAUGUCCUUUGCAGUGAUAAGACAGGAACAUUGACGCUCAACAAGCUCAGUGUCGAUAAAAAUUUGAUUGAGGUGUUUGUAAAGGAUGCUGAUAAGGAUCAUGUCAUGUUGCUUGCUGCAAGGGCUUCUAGAACUGAAAAUCAGGAUGCAAUCGAUGCUGCCAUUGUUGGAAUGCUUGCCGACCCUAAGGAGGCAAGAGCUGGUAUUCAAGAGGUGCAUUUCUUUCCUUUCAAUCCUGUGGAUAAGAGAACUGCUUUAACUUAUAUUGAUGCCAAUGGCAACUGGCAUCGAACCAGCAAAGGAGCUCCCGAGCAGAUCUUGAACCUUUGCAAUGCAAAAGAAGAUUUUAAGAAGAAGGUUCAUUCGAUCAUUGAUAAGUUUGCCGAGCGUGGGCUUCGUUCAUUAGCAGUUGCCAGACAGCAAGUGCCUGAAAAAUCGAAAGAGAGUGCAGGUACUCCAUGGCAAUUUGUUGGUUUGUUAUCUCUGUUUGAUCCUCCAAGGCAUGACAGUGCCGAAACCAUUCGCCGAGCUCUUCAUCUUGGUGUGAAUGUCAAGAUGAUCACUGGUGAUCAACUCGCAAUUGCAAAGGAGACUGGCCGCAGACUCGGAAUGGGAACCAACAUGUAUCCAUCCGCUUCUUUGCUAGACCAAGACAAGGAUGCAAACAUAGCUUCCAUUCCUGUUGAAGAGUUGAUUGAGAAGGCCGAUGGAUUUGCCGGCGUGUUUCCAGAGCACAAAUACGAAAUUGUGAAGAAAUUGCAGGAGAGGAAGCACAUUUGUGGAAUGACCGGAGAUGGUGUUAACGAUGCUCCUGCUUUAAAAAAGGCGGAUAUCGGUAUUGCGGUCGCGGACGCUACAGAUGCUGCACGAAGUGCUUCGGACAUUGUUCUUACAGAACCGGGGCUGAGUGUCAUUGUCAGUGCAGUGUUAACUAGCAGAGCUAUUUUCCAGAGGAUGAAGAACUAUACUAUCUAUGCAGUCUCGAUCACAAUCCGUAUUGUGUUUGGAUUUAUGUUCAUUGCUCUCAUCUGGAAGUUCGAUUUUUCGCCAUUUAUGGUUUUGAUCAUUGCCAUUCUAAACGAUGGCACUAUCAUGACAAUAUCAAAGGACCGAGUCAAGCCAUCUCCCUUACCUGAUAGCUGGAAACUGAAAGAAAUUUUCGCUACUGGAAUCGUGCUCGGAGGCUACUUGGCAUUGAUGACUGUCAUAUUCUUCUGGGCCAUGCAUAAGACCGACUUCUUCCCGGACAAAUUCGGUGUCAGGUCUAUAAGGGACUCGGAGCACGAGAUGAUGGGCGCUUUAUACUUACAAGUAAGCAUUGUGAGCCAGGCCUUAAUCUUCGUGACCAGAUCACGUAGCUGGUCGCACGUCGAGCGUCCCGGACUGCUAUUGAUGACCGCCUUCAUCAUCGCGCAGCUUGUUGCAACUGUGAUUGCUGUAUAUGCUGAUUGGGGAUUUGCAAGGAUUAAAGGCAUUGGCUGGGGAUGGGCUGGUGUCAUUUGGCUUUACAGUAUAGUUUUUUACAUUCCAUUGGAUCUAAUGAAGUUCGCUAUUCGAUAUAUCUUAAGCGGAAAAGCUUGGCUCAACCUACUCGAAAACAAGACGGCUUUCACCACCAAGAAAGACUACGGCAAGGAAGAGAGGGAGGCUCAAUGGGCGCUUGCUCAAAGAACAUUGCACGGUCUUCAACCACCCGAGGCUUCGAAUCUCUUCAAUGAAAAGAACAGCUAUUGCGAGUUAUCGGAGAUCGCCGAACAGGCCAAGAGAAGAGCCGCGGUUGCAAGGCUUCGAGAGCUGCAUACGCUCAAAGGGGAUGUGGAGUCCGUGGUGAAGCUGAAGGGGCUGGACAUUGAUACGAUCCAGCAGCAUUAUACGGUCUAGAAAGCCGGAGACCGAUACCGGAAAAAUGAAGGUCGGCGACCCGAUGACAUUUACAGAGGACGAUGAAGAGAAACGGAGAAAGUAAUUUAGUUUCUGAAACGUUCUAACAUGUCUGUGGUGUAAAUUUCUCGCCGUGUAAAUGUUCUAUACAUAGUUUCUUGUUUGGUG